ACUAUUGUGAAGCUUGGAGAGUGAGGCUGUGAGUGAGAUAGAAAGAAAGAGAGAUGGGAAAUGAAAGGGCGAGCAGUAAGAUAUCUAAAUGCUUGCAGGAGAUCAAGAAAGUGAAAGCCUAUUUGUUGGAAGUGUCCAUUCAGUGUGGCUAUGCUGGCAUGUUUGUGAUCACCAUGGUUUCUUUGAACCAUGGAAUGAGUCAUUAUGUGCUCGCAGUCUAUCGCCAUGUAGUUGCCACGCUUGUUAUUGCACCCUUCGCUCUUCUCCUCGAAAGGGGAAGAAGGCCAAAGAUGACACUCCCCAUCUUCCUUCAAAUAAUGCUGCUUGGCUUCCUGGAGCCAGUGCUUGACCAGAAUUUAUACUAUCUGGGAAUGAAGUAUACCACUGCAACAUUUGCAUCUGCAACUGUCAAUCUUGCUCCUGCUUUCACCUUUAUCAUGGCAAUUCUUCUCAGGUUGGAACGGGUUAACAUGAAGAAAAUACAAAGUCUAGCCAAGGUGAUUGGAACUGCAAUAACGAUUAUAGGAGCCAUGGUGAUGACAUUAUACAAAGGUCCCAUCAUUGAUUUUAUAAAAGCGGGAGGAGGGAGUCACCACAAAGACAACAACGAAUCGGCUACAGGCAAACAUUGGAUCACCGGAACCAUAAUGCUCCUGAUCGGCUGCUGCGGCUAUUCAGGCUUCUUCAUUCUGCAAUCAAUCACGAUAAGGAAGUAUCCGGCAGAGCUGACUCUUACAACUUUGGUGUGCUUAAUGGGAGCGGUGGAAGGCACGGCUUUGACACUCGCGAUGGAACGGGACAUGAAUGUGUGGAAAAUAGGCUGGGACUCCAGGUUGCUCGCCGUCACUUACUCGGGGCUGGUGUGCUCUGGAAUUGGAUAUUAUGUACAAGGAGUAGUGAACAAAGAACAAGGGCCAGUGUUUAUAGCGGCUUUCAGCCCUUUGGCCAUGGUGGUCACUGCAGCUUUAGGGGCCAUAUUUUUAGCCGAGCAACUCUAUCUGGGAAGCAUAAUUGGAGCCAUUAUCAUAACAAUGGGACUUUACACUUACGUGUGGGGCAAAAGUAAGGAUCUUCCAAGCUCAUCAGCGCCAUCAGUCACAGUUGAGAAAGGUGAUCAUCAACAAUAUGAACUUCCUGUUACAAAUAAAGUUGACCAUGCAGUCGAUGGGGCCUGUCAAAAUUCAUCCAAAUAGCACUUCACUUUAGAAAAUUUUUUCAAAAAAAAGUAAUGAAAAUGUUCUCUACAGAAACUGAUUUUUACCUACUUUAUCCUAAGACCAUCAGUUGAAAAAAAUUUCUGUGCAAGUUUGAUGUGUAAUCAGUAAGAAAAUAGUUGAACAAUUACCCUUUUCCAUGAUCGCAAGGGUUAGCAAAACUUAGGGGAGUAUUAAAACUUCUAAUAUGGAGGUUUGGGUUCGAAACUCUGUCAUCCCCAGUUACAAAAAAAAAAAGCCACCCUUUUCAAUGGCUUGCUUUGGGCUACUUAUAAUAUAUUUGUGGAAUUUGCAUAUUA